CUUCUCGGUGUGCCCAUUUUAUUCCGAAACCAAACAGUCCAGGCGGUCUUAAAGGUGGUGAAACUAUGGAGACUUUUGGGGUGGAGGUUCCGGCUAUACCUACAGGAGAACAACCUGCCCCAAAUCAUGGGCCACCGUAUCCAAAGAAAAAGAAAAAGAAAAAGCAGCCUCUGCAUUCUGCUGACAUAGUGUUCUCCAAAGGACAUGCUUUCCUUUCUGUCCCCUCUCUGAGCAAAGUGUUGAAGGACGUCACAGACAGCAUCAUCGGUCUUCACUACGUCUGGGAAUACCGCAGCCCCAGUAAAUUGGUCCAACCGCAUUACCAGUGCAAGCUGUGUUCCCUGGCCCGUGUGCAGCAUGACAUGGUUGAUCAUGUCAAAGGCUGGAAACACAGCUUCAGAUACAUGAAAAAAAUUCACCCUGAUAAGGUUCUCUGGGAAGAGGAAGAUUGCGUCAAAGACCCUGCAAUCAGAAAGGCAAUUAAAGUUGCUGCUGCAGAGGUGGAAAAAGCAGAGGGGAGAGGGCAAAUCAAGGUGAUUCUGAAGGAGCCCUAUCUAGUGCUUGCAUUUCAAGGACUCCGUUCUGCUGUUCCCAGACCGAUUAAUCCACGAAAUAAAGAGAUGAGACCAAUGGGUCCUCCAUUUGGCCCUAGGUUCCAUGACGCGAGGUUUCCAGGAGAGUUUGCCCCUCAUGGAGGACCUCACGCUGGUUUUCCGUGUGGGGACUACGAGGAACCUGCAUAUGGAGGCUACAUGUCAGGACCAGCUUUCCCUGACAACAGCAUGGCUCCAGCUCCGUACGCAAACAGUAUUGGUCCUGGACAAGACGGAUAUGGAAGAGGUGAACUGAUGGUUGAAAGCUCAAACACAGCACAUACCAAUGAGUACCAGGAAAACUCAGUGGACAGACCGAUGAGCAAGCCAGUGGACCGACCCGGAUUAUUGGGAGCCGCUCCACAGAGUAGCGACAUGCCUGCGGUGCUGAAACACUUGGAAUCUUUCCAAAUAGAGAAUGAGAACGAUGCACAGCUUGUUUUGAAAGUGACACAAAGGCUAACGGAUGUGCUGAUGGAGUACAGGUUGAGGACCAUUCCUGCGGCAUCAACUUUUUGCAACCCGUCCUUGAACUUUUCUAACACUCCUCCAAGGUUGCAAAACGACCGAUAUUCAAGUAAUCAGUCUGGUUCAUCCAGAUAUCUUGACCCUCCGCAGAAAUACUUCAACUGAUUGUCAGAAGAUGGCGCCUCACUCCUCUUCUCAUCGAUGCACAAGUCCAGUUUUUAUAUGUGUAUAUUAAUUUUGGGUAGCUUUUUUUUCCCCCUCUGUUUAAAGUUCCACUUCCUCAGAACAAGAGAAGUUUUACAUAACAGGAUGUUUUAGUUGAUUUAUGUCACCAUUGUCUUUUUUCAGAUGUAAUAAAGAACGUGAUGUAACAUCAAAUCAUUUCA